AUGUCCGAGGCUCUGCUCACGGGGCAGACGUCCGAGGACCUGUUGGCAGACUUCGAGACUCUGCUGAACUCCGGGAGCAUCGACCUGGGCGCCGACCACCAGAUCGUGAUCAUCACCAGCCCGGGCAAUGAGGGGCUCCACCCGGCCGCGGCCCCCAGCAGCACCGGGGAGAUCCUGCUGUUCGCCACGCCGCAGGGCCCCGCCGACCUGCAGGACAAGAGGCGCCCGGCGCUGGGGAGGCCGCCGGUGAAGAGAAAGCUGGACCUGGACAGCGACCACCAGUACGUCAGCACCACUCGGCCCUCCACAGGCCAGGCCCCGCCCUCCACUCCAGCCCCCCCCAAAGUUCCCCGGAGCACGGCGGAGAAGUCCCGCUACGACACCUCCCUGAACCUGACCACCAAGCGCUUCCUGAACCUGCUGUCCCAGUCGGCGGACGGCGUGGUGGACCUGAACUGGGCCUCGCAGGUGCUGGACGUCCAGAAGAGACGCAUCUACGACAUCACCAACGUCCUGGAGGGCAUCCAGCUCAUCUCCAAGAAGUCCAAGAACCACAUCCAGUGGCUUGGGAACCGAGUGGACGCCAGCCUGGUUUCGCGGCACAAGGCUCUGCAGAGGGAGGUGUGCGACCUGACAGAGGCGGAGGAGCAGCUGGACCAGCUCGUCUCCAAAUGCAACCUGCAGCUGCGGCUGCUCACCGAGGAGCCGCAGAACAAGAAAUAUCCUUUUGUCCGGCGUCCAAUCGGCCCCUUUCUGCUGCCACCGGCCCCUUUAGCCGGCGCUUGGCUCCUCAGGCUGGGCUACGUGCGCUGCCAGGACCUCCGGCAGUCCUUCGACUCCCCGGACCAGCUGGUGAUGGUGAUCCGGGCCCCCCCCGAGACCCAGAUGCAGGUCUCCGAGCCCAGCGAGGUGAGCUCAACUACGAUCAUUUUUUGUUCCCUUUUGAAAUGGAAAAAACGCAAGACUAAUUUUAAACGUUAA